AUGGCAGGCGGCCACAUGAAAUUCCGGACCCUCGGCCGCAACUCAGCCCACCGACAAGCCCUCCUCCGCAACCUAGUCACCGCCCUGGUCAAGCAGGAGUCCAUACAAACAACAUGGCCGAAGGCCAAGGAGGCCCAGCGUAUGGCGGACAAGCUCAUCACCCUGGCAAAGAGGAAUAACGAGACGUCGAGGCGGGAGGCACAGAGCAUUCUCUACACACCAGACGCACUCCUGCCCAAGCUCUUCGGCGAGCUGCGAGAGCGCUACCUCACCCGACCGGGCGGCUACACGCGCGUGCUGCGCACCGAGCCCAAGAACAGGGACGACCAGGCGCCCAGCGCGAUCCUGGAGCUGGUGGAUGGGCAGCGCGACAUGCGCUUCGCCAUGACGGCCGCGACGGUGGCGCGCGACGAGGUGCUGGGCAAGGCCAGCACGCACAUCACCAACAUGAACGUCAAGAAGGUCACGGCGUUCCGGCAGGGCGGCGAGGCCGAGUUCCGCGCGCUCGUCGACGAGAUCAAGGAGCGCGAGGGUGCGUCCUUCGAGGCCGCCGCUGAGAGGGAGCGCCAGGUUCAGGACGGCUUGUACAAGUUCCACAUCCGCUUGCCGAAGGGGAAGGGCCGGCGGGGCGGCAGGGGUCAACAGUCGGAAGAAGCGAGUGAAUUGGAUUAA